AUGGCUACCUAUAGCCUGGCAGAUGAGGGACUAUGUACCCUGGAAGACUUAGAAUGGGAAAUCAGUGCCACUGUUCAGCAUGCAGGUAAUGUGACCCUGGAGCUGCCAGAGGAAUAAACCAAGAAGAGUCUCCUAUAUAAGUAGAUGGCUUCAUUGCAGCAUGUGGAGGUGGAGCUGUUUGCUCAGAUUGGCUACCUUCCCCCUGAGGGCUCCAGCUACUCUUGGAGGAAGUACUGUUAGAUAGCUCUGAAGUGAGUAGACUAUGCUGGCCUCAAGGUCAGUGAUAUGGCCCAAACCUGUGAACAGAUGCUGGAGGACUAG